AUGUCAACCUCCACCGCCGUUCCCGAAGCAUCUUAUACCCCGAUGGACAAAGACGUCGAAGCAAUCGGGGCGCACUGCGAAUUCGCCUACUGCCACCAACUCGACUUCCUCCCUUUCCGCUGCGACUCGUGCCACCAUACAUUCUGCCUCGAGCACCGAACAGAGACUGCACACCAGUGUCCGCGCGCAGGCGAAUGGGCGGCCAACCGACGGCGCAAUGAAGUUGGGCGACCUUCGACGAACACAACGUCCGCUCCAGGCAAACCGAACCAUCAUAAUGCGUCGCAAUGUAGCGAGCCCACGUGCAAGACAUUUAUCAAGACUUUCCAGAACACCGGCGUGCACUGCGCGGACUGCAAUAGGACGUACUGCCUGAAACACCGCAUGCGCGAGGACCACGACUGCAAGAACCUGAUACCGAUCGGCGCUAGACCGCUGGACAUCGCCGUACAGAGCAACAAGGAGAAAAUAAAAUUAGGCUUCGGCCGUCUGAAGUCUUGGGGCAAAGGCCAACAAGAGGCGCUGCGGCCGAAGCCUAAACCCACCAGUCGAGCGGCGCAGACCGCAGCGCUCAACGCUCUGAAGAGAUCCGCCAAGGGCGACGACAAACUCGACCCGGAAAAGCGGAUCUAUUUGCACGUCGAGGCCGAGGCGGCUAGCACAUCCAGCAAGCUGCCCAAGUCUGACCUGUUCUUCUCCACAGAUUGGAGUGUCGGUCGGCUCCUGGACGAAGCAGCCAAGAGACUACAGGUUGCGAACGUAAACAAUCGUGUCGAGACCGAGGAGCAGCGGCUGCGUGUAUAUCACGUCGAAGGGGGACGGUUGUUGGAGUUUGCUGAGAAAGUCGGCAAGGCGCUUGCGAGUGGGAACACCGUAGUACUUUUACGAGGUGUUGGGCCGACAGAGGCGUGA